AGCGUUCAAUGUCGUCUAACCUUCGAGUAAAUUGAGCAUUAUAAGAUUUAUUUCGUGAGCACUCAGCAGCCAUGGCUGUAGUAAGAUGCAGGAAAUGCCGUUAUGACCUCCAAAUUGGAGAUGCUGUCAUUAUUGAAAAUAAAGAUUGCAAUGCAGAUACAAGCACAGACUCUGGACAGUCCAGUGUGUGGUAUCUGGACGUGGAUAGGGCUCCAGAAUGGAUACAGGUAGAAAUCACAGAUGCAAGUUGGACGAAAGGGAAAUUAGUUUGUCCAAAAUGUAAUGGAAGACUGGGGUCGUUUGACUUCUUGGUUGACAGACGGUGUUACUGUGAAAACCAUGCCGUGCCCAGUGUUCACCUUCUUAAAAGUCGAGUUGAUUAUUUUAGGAAACAAGAUAUUCCUGUUGUCAGAAAUAAAGGGCAGAUAAGAACCAGACGUGUUGAGGAAUUUCAAAUGGGGGUAUCACCAGGUGAAAAUAGCGCCAUCUUGGAUUUGAUUAAUAAUUCAAGCACAGUGAUUGACCAUACCUGGUCAUUUAUGCCCAGCUGUGAGUCUGAGCGUGAUACUUUGGAUAUUGGUGUUGCAAGCAGCUUGCCUUUAUAUAUGAAUAAGUCUAGUCAAGAAAAACCAGAAACAGGUGAUGCUGAAGAUAAUAACGGUUUGAUGAUCAAUAGUAUUAAGAUGAAAACAAGACUUUCCACUGAAAAUAUUGAGUUGCCAUCGCAUUUUGAACAUUCAGAGAAUAGUAGCAGCAAAUUUGGUUUACGUAAGCGUUCACAAAAAUUGUGUUCACAAACUAGUAAGAGUGUGAUGCAGCCUGGAAAUAUUGAAGGGCGUGGCCUUAAUCGUCAAUUAUGCCAAGGUGAUAACAUAAAUUAUAAAAGAGCUAGAAAGGACCAGGCUGUAAGAAGUAAUAUAUUUGAAGUUCUCCAAGAAACAACAUCAAAGGACGAAUCAGAGGUUGAGGAGGCUGAGGUGGAGAUCCCUUCAGAAUUUAGCUGCCCCGUUUGUCUGGAGCUGUUCUAUCAGCCCCACGAGUGUCGCCCGUGCCUGCACGUGUUCUGUGAGCACUGUCUGCGCGACAUCUGCAAGCAAAAACCGGUCAACACCCCGUGCCCUCUGUGUCGCAAGCUGAUCGACAGCUGUCACCCCUGCAAAGAAACAAUUGCAAGAAUUAGACAGGAGCUACCAGGUCCAUAUAAGGAGAGAAAGCAGGAGCUGCAGAGAUUGAAAAAGACCACAAAGUUCUACCCUCUCCCGCAUGCUACAUCGCACCAUUUCUCGAUGGCAGAAAGAUUAGGGCAGUUAGAGGAGCAAUACAGCGGACGGGGGUUCUUUUUUGGACUCGAGGAUGUCCUUACGCAGUGCAUCCAGGAUGUGGUGAUCAGAUUUGCGUGGCUGAUCAUGCUGUUUCUUAUCCACAAUAUGAUGUUUAUUGUCUGCAACAGGUGGGAUUUUCAGGUGUACGUGAAUAACACAUUCCAUUUUAAUGAAUUCUUGUCAACCAUGUGUAUGAAGCUGCUGAAUUUUGGAUUUUUGCAUACUGUUAGGAAAUGCCUAGGGUUGACAUUCGAUAGGAGGGAUAUUCUUGGAUAUUUGGUAGUGUAUGCUGCUUUGUGCUUGAUAUUUUAUUUAGAGGCUGGAUCUUGGAUUCAAUUUGGAUACAAUAUGGUGAUACUAGGCUCAUUUUUCACAAAUUAACGGCUUGUUAUCCCCCGCCUUAGGCGGAGGGAUAUUGUUUUGGCGUUGUCUGUCCGUCCAUCUUUCUGUCUGUCCAUCCGUCCAGCACUUUUGUGUCCGGUGCCAUAUCUUGGAAGUGCUUCGGCAGAUUUCAUUAAAACUUGGUAUGAGUAUAUAUAUGGAUAAGAGGAUGAUGCACGCCAAAUGGCAUUGUACACCAUCUGUUAAUAACAGAGUUAUGGUCCUUUGUAUUUAAAAAUAAUGCUUUUUAGCAGAGUGUCAAAUAUAACACUUUUGUGUCCAGAAGCAUAUUGGCGGGGGAUAUCAAUUUAACGAAUUUGCUU